GUCAUUCUUCUUUUAAGGCUACGGUUAGGUCUAAAAUUACAUGGUGCUCCUCGAACAAUUCCGAAAUCAUACGAGGUCCAAACGUCAUUCACCAAAAUAUAGAACAACCAUUGUCAGUUUGCACCAAUCGCCGUUCGCCUUUUGCUUUUCUACUUUCUGAAGUUUGGUUAAGGUUCUUGCUCUGUACUCUCCUCUGUACAGCUUGUCGAGAAGCGUUAAACCAGAACAGCUUCGAACUGCCAAAAAAAUGGCUCUUGCAUCCUUGACAUCGCUUGAUGAAUUGAUUUAGGGGUAUCCAUUUUCCAGUGCUUUCUUCAAAGUACCAUUGGAAGCAUGAUGGAUAACCAAUCUAGUCUAGAAUUUGAUUCAGAUGAAAGUGAUUUAGACGUGAGAGCUGAAGAACAUGGACAAAUGGAAGAUGUUCUCCAGAAGAAUUUGGACUUUUGUGUCAGUGAAGAUGAGAAAUUAGCAGAGCAGUCUGGUGGUAGUCUUUCCCAUAUUACUGAUGCAUUGGAACCAUACAUGGGCAUGGAAUUCAACUCAAGGGAUGAAGCUCGAGAGUUUUAUGCUGCCUAUGGCAGGCAGACUGGAUUUACUGUACGUAUACAUCAUAAUCGUCGAUCACGAGUAAACAAUCAGGUUAUUGGUCAAGAUUUUGUUUGUUCUAAAGAAGGAUUUCGAGCAAAGAAGUAUAUAUACAGAAAAGACAGAGUUCUUCCCCCACCACCAAUCACCCGAGAGGGCUGCCAAGCAAUGAUAAGGCUAGCUCUAAGAGAUGGAGCAAAGUGGGUUGUCACCAAAUUUGUUAAGGGGCACAACCAUAAACUGAUGAGUCCUAACAAAGUUCCGUUGCGAGAAUCUGGAAAGCAUCUAGUCGGUGAGGAUGAGAAGGAUAAGAGAAUACGUGAGCUGUCACUUGAGUUGUACAAUGAGAGACAAAAAUGCAAAAGACGGUGUGCCGCAUACGAAGAACAAUUGAACUUGAUCUUAAAAGACUUGGAAAAUCACACAGCACAUAUAUCAAAAACAGUUGCUGAUAUGGUGCAAAGCAUAAGAGAAAUUGAGGAGGAACAGUCAGUCUCAGAUGGAGUCGGCUAAUUAUCUUUCAACUUAAGUUAUGAUUUGUGUUGAAUCAUCAAUCAUUAAACUGGGACAAGCUGUAAGGUUCCCCCUUUCCUCUCUCCGUGCAAGAUCAAGUCUGAUCUAUGGUCUCAACUCUAGCAAAUUGCUAUAUUUGUCUAUGUAAUUCUUCUUGAUUUACCAACAUGCUUGAAUUGGGACCUUUUCUGCUUUUCAACCGCGGCAAAUUGCAUUAUAUAAUCGUACGAAAAGACAAAAUUUCCCUCU